AUGCAACCACCAUACCUAAAGUGCGCCAUCUUGUUGGUUCUAUUGUUGCAGACUAGUGUUGAAUCGAGAACAUGGCACCGUCGUCCUUUCGGUCACCCUUCCAUUCAACCAAGACAAUCAUCUCUCGAGUAUCUUCGAGUGCGUGGAGGCGAUGAAAUCCCGAAAGUUCCAGACGACGUCAGCCCGAGAAUAAUACAUCCAGUUUCCAGAGGUGGCAGUACUAAGGCUGAGAAAUACCCUGGUGGAGUCACAGUCUAUACAACAGUUGGAGGUACUAGUGCUACCACGCCUGAACCAAAGACCGACAUUGACACUGGCAUUGCCAAGACAUCCGCAUCUGACAUUGUCGUCAAAACCAUCGACACGGAGAUUGCAGAAACUGAAAUCACCCCAGAACGAAAGCAACUCACAAAGAAAGAAAAGAAGAAGCAGCAGAAGAGACACAAGCAAAUUGCCAAGAAGCUAAAGAACCGCAAUGCCACCAAUCUGCGACGGAAAGUUUUGCAUGCCUGCUUUGGAUUUUUCUUUGCUGGUUUGAACCACUUCAUUCCAAAAGCAAAAUUCGUUCCGGGCAUGGCAGCUUUGACAACAAGUUGUUUGACAAUGGAACUCUUGCGUUAUCGCAAGGGCUUUGGAUGGAUGAAUGAAGUUUUGCACAUGAUCCUUGGAUCUUCCUUGCGAAAGCACGAGAUGGAUGGAAAGUUCACUGGAUCCUUCUACUACUUUUUGGGGGUGACUGUCACUGCCGCAUUGUAUCCAACAAGCUGUGCCACUCUUGGGAUUUGCCAAUUGGCCAUUGCUGACCCCACGGCAAGCUAUUUUGGGCGCCAAACCCGACAUGUCUAUUGGUCACGAAUUGAAAAUGGCCUCGGUGGAUUUGGACGCAACAAAGGAAUUCUUGGUUUCCUUGGGGGUGGCAUUGCCUGCGUUCCUAUGAAUUACCGCCUUUUGUCCUUGGCCAGGUUUGGUCAUUCUGUCACAAGAACGAAUCUUUUGGCUGCAUCCCUUGCUUUGGGACUGGCUGGUGCAUUUGCGGAUUUAGCAGUUCCUACUCCGACGUUGACACUUCCCAAGCGUAUACGUGGAGUAAGUGUACCACCAUUCCACGUAGAUGAUAAUCUUGUGGUCCCUGUAUUUGCUGGCUAUGCCUGCAAGAAGAUCUUUGAAGCAUUUCAAUGGUCUGUCGAUCUAGACCUUGCCAAGUUUUUGGUCAUCUGA